AUGAUUAAUUAAAACAUUGAUCGUUCACAAUAAAACCUAAUAUAAGAUUUUAAAUAGGUGAAUCAUACAAUAAUAACCAAUUAACUAGAACCUAGAAAUAUAAUUGAUAUUAGUUUAAAAAUCUAAGAUUACUUAUAACCUAAUAUAAUGUAUUUAUAAAAUUGAUUUGCUUAAGAAAGAAGUUAAAUGUUAUUUCGGCUUAUUGUAAAAUGAUGAUAUAAAAAAAAAACUAUAAAAAUUUGAAAAUGUAAGCUAUUAAAAGAAGAAAAGCUUUUGAAGAACUUAUUUAUACAGAAUAGUCUUAUUUGGCAGAUAUGAAAAUUGUCAUUGAGUAAGUCAUUCAAAUAGUUCAAGAAACAAAACUUUUACCAGAAAUUGAAAUUUAAUAAGCUUUUAGUAAUAUUAUUUAGAUAUAUAAUUUAAACAAAUCAUUUUUAAGAGAAUUACAAAGUAUUCAUAUAUAUAAAUUUUUAGAGAAAUUAGAAAUAUAUUAUGAUAACACUUGCGUUAGUCAUAUAUUUUAGAAAUAUAUACCUUUUUUUAAGAUAUAUUUUCAAUAUUUAUAAGAGUUUAAGAUUGAUUAGAUAUAAAUUUUGAGAGAUAAAUAUUAGAAUUUUGAUAAUUUUUUAAAUAGAUUAGAGGAUGCUUAUACUUUUAAAGGAGGUGAUCUUAAUUCAUUUUUAAUAAAACCUGUAUAAAGAUUACCCAGAUAUUCUUUAUUGUUGACGAGUAUAGUAAAAUUUACUUGGACAGAGCAUCCUGAUUAUAAUGAUCUAUAAAAAACAUUGAAUUCUUUUUCUUAGGUUACAUAAUAGAUUGAUUUGCUUAUAGGAAAGUAAGUAAAAUUAUAAUUUCAACUAAUUUUAGUAUUCUUAGAAAUUAAGCACUUUUUGAAUUAUAACAAAAGUUUUUUAAUCUAAUUAAUGUGUAAAUUGUAGAAUCCACUAGAAAAUUUAUAUUGACAGAAUCUUUAACAAUGAUUAACUAAUAAAAAGAAGAAACUGUUAAUUUGUAUUUAUGUUCUGAUCUUAUUGUAUUGACAAAAAUAAGUGAGGAAAAUCAAAAAUUUAUGAAGGAGGGAUUAAUUACUUAUUCAUUUUUGGAUUUAUAAACGUAGUAUGAAAGUUAGAUAAAUCCUUCCUUAAAUUUUACUUUAAUCGCUGGAGAUUAAAACAUGUUAUUUAUUUGUUAAGAUUAAGAAUAAAAAUAAAAAUUAUUAUAAGAAUUUGAUGCAAUAUUUGCAAAUCUUAAGAAUAAUGCAUCUCAAUAAAAUUCUAUUUUUUAGACAUAAAAAACAACAAUCUACAAUCCGAUUAAAGUUGAAAUAGUUUCUAUAACUAGAGGAUAAGAACUGUUGAAAUCUUAUGCUUAAUAUAAUAUAAUAGUAAAGAUAUAUAAAGAUAAUUAGAUUCGAAAUUCUAAUUAAAGUUAUGCUACUUAAACGAGGCAUAAAGUUCUAUUAAAAUUGCAGAAAAAACUUCAAGCUGAAUUUUAAUAAGAAUCAUAAUUAGAAUCUACUAGUUUUUUAUUCUAAAAUUGGAUAAAAAAUAGAUUAAAUAAAGAAUCAAAUGAUGGAAGAAAAGUAAUUGUUUAAGAGUUCUUGGAGAUAUUAUUAAAUUCUCACUAAGUAAAAACUAGACCUGAAUAUUUUCUUCGUAAGUUAAAGUUACCACAAGAUUUCUAUCAAAAAAGAUAAUAAUUUUUAGAGGAAUAAAAAUUCUCUAGUAUAAAUUAAUGA